AUGGAUGUCAAUAGUGGUAGAAAGGUUGGUGAAAUAUUCACCGCUGCCGGUGCAGCUUUUAACAAACUUGGUGAACUGACAAUGCAGUUGCAUCCUACAACUGAUUCGCCAGCUGGUAAAUGGACUGACGAGGAAAUUGAAAUGCUUCGUCACUCAGUUAAGACAUUCAGCGAAGAUUUACACAAAAUAAGUGAUCACAUCAAGGGGCGAACGGUAUCGCAAAUAAAGACAGGCUUGAAGAAAAAAGUGUUUGAAGAAGCGGGUGUACCUAUAGCAAAUAGACAACCGGCGCAGCAAAAUAUUCAAAUAAAAAAACAACCUAGUGCUACAACUAAUCAAGGAUUAAUGAACACAUCAGCUGAAGUAACAUUAAACAUGUUGAAUGCAACUGAAUCAGAAGUUGACGUUGAAGGACUUCCCGAAGAAUGUCAAGUUAAAUUGGAAUUCGAGGGAGCUACUGAAGAAGUAGCUUCUUAA